GUUUCUGAGUCAUCGCCCCUCAGACAGUCCGCGUGGUUGGAGGAAUUUCUCAACGACUGUUCAGUUGCUGCGGAUAUAUUUUGGAACCACGACUUUCUCUCUUAUUGUCUGACCAGAUUGAAAUGUUACAUUUUAGGUGUGCGACAGUGCUGAAGGAGUUGUUUGAAGUCACCCUCAAGCGUCCCUUGUCCGGCUCUAGACAGAAGACCUGGUUACCGACACGGCGCCGCUGCUUCGGCACCGCCUCCCUUGAUGCCAGAGGUGUCUCUGCUCAUCUGAAGGUCCUCCAUGCCGCUCCGCUCCGCGCCGCGCCCUGUGCCGCCCCGUUCCGCUCGUAUUGCACGAAGACGGAGGGUGCCGUGGAGCCGGACGAACAGCUGAAGAAGGAUGGUGACAGCAGUGAAGCAGCCAUUGACAAGAGAAGAAAUGCAGGUAUUCUCCCCAGUUUGGAGGACUUGCUCUUCUACACAGUUGCAGAAGGUCAAGAGACGAUUCCUGCCCAUAAAUUUCUCACAGCACUUAAAGCCACUGGGCUUCGAUCUGGAGAUCCCAGACUGAAGGAAUGCAUGGACACCCUCAAAGAAACUCUAAGGAACUCAUCAGAUGGCGUAACGCUGGACAGGCACCUUUUCAAGAAGUGUGUCCAGAGCAACAUUGUCCUGCUCACUCAGGCCUUCCGCAAGAAGUUCGUCAUCCCAGACUUCCAGUCCUUCACCUCCCAUAUUGAUGAGCUGUAUGAGAGUGCCAAAGGUCUCUCUGGAGGACAGGUUGCAGACUACAUUCCUCAGCUUGCCAAAUUCAGCCCUGACCUGUGGGCUGUCUCCCUGUGCACAGUUGACGGACAGAGACACACCGUAGGAGACACCAAGGUCCCCUUCUGUCUGCAGUCCUGUGUCAAGCCUCUAAAGUACGCCGUCGCUGUUCACGACCACAGCACGGAGUAUGUGCACAGUUUCAUUGGGAAGGAGCCCAGUGGCCUGCGCUUUAAUAAACUCUUCCUUAAUGACGAUGAUAAGCCCCACAACCCCAUGGUGAAUGCUGGCGCUAUUGUUUGUACUUCACUGAUAAAGCAAGGUGUAAGCAAUGCAGAAAGAUUUGAUUAUGUCAUGAACUUUCUGAAAGAUAUGGCGGGAAACGAGUAUGUGGGUUUCAGCAAUGCCACAUUCCAGUCGGAGCGUGAGUCAGGAGACAGGAACUUUGCCAUCGGCUACUACCUGAAAGAGAAAAAGUGUUUCCCAGAGGGGACAGACAUGACAUCUGUCCUGGACUUCUACUUUCAACUGUGUUCCAUUGAGGUGACUUGUGAGAGCGCCAGUGUCAUGGCAGCCACCCUGGCUAACGGCGGCAUCUGCCCAAUCACGGGUGAGCGUGUGUUGAGCCCCGAGGCGGUGAGGAACACCUUGAGUCUGAUGCACUCCUGCGGCAUGUACGACUUCUCAGGACAGUUUGCUUUCCAUGUUGGUCUGCCGGCCAAGUCUGGAGUAGCGGGGGGGAUCCUGCUGGUUGUACCCAACGUGAUGGGUAUUAUGUGCUGGUCACCUCCACUGGACAAGCUAGGCAACUCAGUCAGAGGAAUACAGUUCUGCACGGACCUUGUGGAGCUCUUUAACUUCCACAACUACGACAACCUGAAGCACUUUGCCAAGAAGCACGACCCUCGCAGAGAAGGAGGGGACCAGCGGUUCGUCUUUGGACCCAUGGAUUACGAGAGCCUCCAGCAGGAGCUCGCUCUGAAAGCCCCUCUCUGGAAAAAGGUGUCCCCCACUGAGUCGCACCAGGACAGCUCCACCACUGUAGUCUAUAGGAUGGACAAUGUGCCGAGUGAAAUAAAAAAAUAAAAAGGAGACCCGCCUGUCCCCACACCACCCCCCCCCCCCCCCCCCCCCACAUAGACGCUCUCCCACUCCUCACAACAAUACCUCCACCUUUCUUCACCCUCGAAUAUUUAUACAUAAAUGAUGUAGAGGAUUAUUUAUUACUACUUAUGGUUACUGUGUGGAAAGCUCCUUUAGUUUGUAUUUGUGACGAGUUACUCCGCCUGCGUGUUGCCUUAGUGUGUGUGAGUGUAAGAUCUGGUGUACAGUGUCCAGGUUGUGCUCAUAUCCCCCCCCUUUAUUGCCAUGUGUGUGUGUGUUUUUCACAGAAUCCUCUUCCAAAAUGUAGACUAAGGGUUGAUUUGAAAUUCAGGUUUUAUUUUAAACAACCAAGGUUUUGGGUCAAAGGAGAAUAUUGUUAACGUAAGUUAGCUGUGAAUACUUGGGCUGGAGUGCAGCAGUGUUAUAGCUAACAUGAUGUCUUUAUUUUAUUUUUUAAGUGAGCUGGGAAUUCUGAAGGGAUUUUAAUAAUGCAGGUAUUUUUGCUUUUCCAAUCUUAACAUGCUUAACGAGCAGCUGUACCAUCUUUCUGUAGGUGGUUAAGUUCUGAAAGACAUUAUACUUGACCACCGAUGUCUGAAGUAAAAUAAAUGCAGAUAUUUGUGAAAUGAGAUUAGUUGGAACCCCCCCAUUUGAGUCACUUUAUAUGCAAAAAGGGUGGCAGGAGAUAUUUACUGCGCAUUUGUAAUUACUUUUUAUAGUAAACAAUGACUUUGAAAUAUAGCAUCAUUUGUGCCUCCCUCAUACCAUUUAUUUAAAACAUUUUUUUUAAUACAAGCAGAGAAACUGCAGGGAAAAAGGACUUCAACUUGACUUUAGACUGUCAAUAUUUGUGCCUGGAAAACAGUUGGGGCUGUUAAUAAUGAGGGAAUGGAAAAGAGGUUUUGUGACAUGACUGAAACGACGAUCUGAUUUCCUCUCGGUGACUCGCUUAACUUGAUUAUCUUUGUUUACCUUACAGUGCUCGCUGGCUGCAUCAUUCUGAGCUGCUGUUGCUUUUAGAAGGUGUGUGUGUGUGUGUGUGUGGCUGGCUGCCAGUUUGUCAAAGUUCAUUAGUAUACUCGGUGUGACGUCGGCAGAGGGGUGGAGUGUGUUCAAUACUCUGACCUCCUGUGAGCAGGUGACCACACUGUGUGUUUCCACUGUUGAAACAAGAUGCGUCUAGAAAUUAGGCUGCUUUCUGCAGAAACAGAGCAUUGCAGAUUUAAAACAAAGCAAUGAUUGAUGAAUGGUUUGAAGCUAUAAGGUGAAAAGAGCAGCAGCAGCAGAGGAAGGUGAAUUUAGUCAUUCCCAUCUUCCUCAUUUUUGUACAAUACGCCUUCAGAGGGGUAAAAACUUGGAACUGCAAUAAUUUGAUGUUAUCAAAUUGAGUUUUUAUCCCUGUACUCUAAAAGUGUGUUUUCAGUGUUAGUAUGCAAACACACACACAGACACACAGACACACACAACUGAGUAUUGUUUUGUGAAGUUCUCAAACUCUACUAGUAAGCUUGUACAUUAUCUUCUCAAUGUACAUGGUGGAAAGUGUAUAUAGCUUUCUGGUGUGCAUCUGUACACCAGAGAUGAUCCUCAACAACAGACCAGAACGUGUGUUGAAAAUACACUUCAGACGUUCCGUAUUUAUAAUAUUGACUCCUCCAGGAAAUAGAGAUACGUGCACAUGAAUGUCACAUCAGCAGCUGCCUCAGAUGUCGCUCUUCUGUGACGAGUGGG